GUAGUUCUAAAACAAAACACAAAUCUUACAAUAUAUAAACUAACCACCAAAGAUCUGAAUAACUCAAACUACUUCAUCAUGGGAGUCCUUGGAAGUAUGGCGAGAAAUUUGGAUACAAUAAUAGGGCCUGGAGUAAUGCUUCUUUUCCCUUUAUAUUCAUCCAUGAGAGCAAUUGAGAGUCCUUCAACCUUAGAUGAUCAGCAGUGGCUAACAUAUUGGGUUUUAUACUCCUUCAUAACCCUCUUUGAGCUUUCAUUUUACAAGAUCUUACAAUGGUUUCCCAUUUGGCCAUACAUGAAGCUUGUGUUUUGUAUGUGGUUGGUAUUACCAAUGUUCAAUGGAGCUGCAUUUAUAUAUGAGAAUUAUGUAAGGCAAUAUGUAAAGAACAUAGGAAAUUAUGGGGGUUUCAAUAAGUAUCAAGAUGAACAAAAGAAAGUCCUUCAAAUGAUUAGCUUGGAUACAAGAAAAGCUGUUGAACGUUACAUAGAUAGAUUUGGGCCUGAUGCCUUUGAGAGAGUAAUCAAAGUGGCUGAGAAAGAAGCAAGGAAGCACUAGAGAUUGGUUUUAAGAAUUUGAUAGUUUAAUAAUAUGUUGUCAUUAAAGAGUGUUUAAUGACUUGUGAGUUUCAGAAUUGUACUAUAAUUAAAAUAUAUUGAAUUCAAUCUUGAGCUUUAGAUA